AUGAAGAAAGGCUCCGAGCGAGACAAAAAGCCAAAGACGUCGACAAGCAGUUCGAAGGGCAAAAAGAAGAAGACACUGGAGGAGGGCGGUCAGAAGAAGGCAAAGGGCGUCGAGCUCGUCAAGGAAAAGGAGCCGGCGAUGGAUCCGACGCAAGAAGAUCACACACGAGUCGACCCUGAUCUCAUCACCGCCGUCGACUUUGAAUUCGAGCAAUCGUACAAGAAAAUGCAAGAGUCAUUCCCGGAAGAUUCGCGUCGGCUUCGCGACCGGAAGAAGCGCCUCCGCCCCCAGAAUACCCAGACGAAUUCGGUGACGCUGGAGGAUUUGCUGGGAGAGAAGCAGAAGAAGAAGAAGAGAGAGCAGGAUGGCGAGAACAAGAAGCCGAAGUCGAAAGAAGACUUGGCGAUCCCCACCGAGCACCGCAUCCUCACCAGCUCGCCGCCGCUGCCGAAGGGAGCCGUCGAGCAGCCGGAUCCUCGUCAAUCGCAGCAGCAGCUGAUGUACGCCUCGUACGUUGGAGCUUCUGGUGCUCAGAUCAGGACUUGGUCCUUCACGGACAGUCGCCCGAUCAUUGGGACUGCCCUCCCCGAAUAUGGCGAUCCGUUCCAGCAGCUAAUCAUUGGAUGCUUCCGUGACGAGUGUCCGAUGCGUGCCGGCGUCGCUCCGCCCUGUCCCACCACGGCAACGUCGAUGAGCAGCUCCGGCCAGUCGAUCACCAUCCAGCCCUCAUGCCAGACCCCUUCGUCGGCACCGAUCGUGGCCCCUACAAGCAGAUCGGUUCGUGAGCUCGAUGUCAUCGAUACGGAAUACGCGGGCGAGGACGCCGCUAAGAAAGUGCCGAUUGUCGAGAAGCCGCUGGGGUUCGAGGCGAUCAGCCGGCAGAUGCGGGACCUCACUCUGCAGAUUGACUCGGUGGCCGCUGAAGUGACCAGCCUGACCAAGUGCGCUCAUUUGAUGGAGGAGAGCGAAGAGCUCGUGGAGAAGUGGUACUAUAAGAAUCAGGAGAAGGAAGAGAAUCGAGUGGAUUGCGCUGAAUGCUACGGUGGUUGUAACGGAUGCACCGGACCGUUAGCGACAGAGUGCACCGAGUGCCGGGUCGGUUUUGAGCGUGAUUCGAAGAACGCUUGUGUUGAUGUGGACGAAUGUGCUAAACCCGAACUCCAUGCUUGCACCAAGGCUAAUGAAGUUUGCAUCAACGACAUCGGCAGCUACAAGUGCGAUUGUGCGGACGGGUACAAGAAAAACGAUGUCACCAAGGAGUGCGAGCUGAAUAUCCUAGUUGCAACAGAACCUCCCCCAGAGCCCGUAGAAGACGGCAACGAUGAGCUU